AUGGAGCGUUCAGGGGUACGCUCACGUCUGGUGGGGAGGGAGGAAGUGUUACGACAUGUCGUAACAAAGACAAGGAAACAGCCAUCGGCCACCAAGAAGGGAGAAAACAUGGUUCCUGCACCAGAAGCAGAGGAAGCACCAGGCACGGGCUUCACUCCCACGGAACAAGUGGAAGAAUCCCAACCAAGGGAUUGGAAUCCCGCCCACAAAGCGGAAGAGAAGACUCAGGAAGAGAACUUCUGCCAACAGCAAUGGCCGGACGAGCCUACCCAAGGAAGGGUAGAAGAGAUUCAUGAUAUGGAUCUAGAUGACGUCGGCGAACCUGAAGAGGGUGGCCAAGGAGAUCAGCAAAUGGAGGACGCUCCACCAGCACAUCAAACAUCUCCAUACCUCUUCCGCAAGCCACGUCGCUGUCAGGGUGCGGGCUGGCAGGACGGUAUGAUAGGAGAUGACUGGUAG